CUUGACGCCGUCAUGACUCUUUGUAGGGUUAGCUGGACGCGCGCCUGCUUCCCGCAUAGCCUUCUUCCCGUGUUUACAUUUAGUCUACACUUGUCAAUAGACAAUUGUAAACAUUUUAAGACGACUAUGGAUUCACCAAUUCCACCAAAACUACCGGUAACAGAACGUUGAUUCCACUGACGUGUUUACGUGCUGCUGCCAACGUCAACAUUGAAGCUAAUGUCAAAGAUUAGCUCACUACCUGCGUGUCGCAACUGUGCAUGUCGCCAGUAAUUCACGAACCGAACAGCACCGCGGAGCAAUCGAGCCGCCACGAUGAGGAUUUUGAGGUUCUUGAGGAGCAGCGUGUCCGUGGGCAAGGACAUCGACUAUUACUCCAAAUUUUCACCCUCUCCUCUCUCAAUGAAGCAGUUUCUGGAUUUUGGCUCAGAAAAUGCAUGUGAGAAAACCUCCUUCACGUUCCUCCGACAUGAGUUACCGGUGCGGUUGGCAAAUAUCAUGAAGGAGAUCAACCUGCUGCCAGACAACCUGCUGAGGACUCCAUCGGUGCGGCUGGUCCAGGGCUGGUACAUGCAAAGUCUACAAGAGAUCCUUGAGUUCAAGGACAAAAAUGCAGGCGACGAGAAAGUCAAAGAUGAUUUCACAGAAGCAGUGAUAAGGAUCAGAAAUCGGCACAACGACGUGAUUCCCACCAUGGCUCAGGGAGUCGUGGAGUACAAGGAGACCCACGGCACGGACCCUAUCGUCAGCCAGAAUGUUCAGUAUUUUCUGGAUCGUUUCUACAUGAGCAGGAUAUCCAUCAGGAUGCUGCUCAACCAGCACACGCUCCUCUUCGGGGGCGAUGUGAAGGUGAACCCAGCUCAUCCCAAACAGAUCGGCAGUAUUGAUCCAAACUGCAGUGUCAGCGAUGUCAUCAGAGACGCCUAUGAAAACGCACGGAACCUCUGCGACCGGUACUACAUGAACUCUCCUGAGCUCCUACUGGAGGAAUUCAAAGUCCAACCCAUCACCGUGGUCUACGUCCCCUCUCAUUUAUACCACAUGGUCUUUGAACUUUUCAAGAACGCCAUGCGGGCCACCAUGGAGCUGUACGGGGACGCCAUGGAGUAUCCUCCCAUCCACGCGCAGGUCGCUCUGGGAACCGAAGAUCUGACCGUCAAAGUGAGCGAUCGGGGGGGAGGCGUGCCGCUGCGCAAGAUCGACAGGUUGUUCACCUACACGUACUCCACGGCGCCCCGGCCCCGCAGCGACGGCGCCCGCGCCGCUCCUCUGGCCGGCUACGGCCACGGCCUGCCCAUCUCUCGGCUCUACGCCCGCUACUUCCAAGGGGACCUGAAGCUGUACUCUCUAGAGGGUUACGGAACGGAUGCCGUCAUCUACAUCCGGGCGCUCUCCACAGAGUCCAUUGAGAGGCUCCCCGUGUACAACAAGUCGGCAUGGAAACACUACAAGACGAUCCAAGAGGCCGACGACUGGUGCGUCCCCAGCAAGGAGCCCAAGGACAUGACCACGUUUCGCAGUUUCUAGAACCCCGCCGGGUGCGGCCCUGCAGCCCGGAGUGCAACAAAGGUGGUUUGGUGCCAAAUUAUUUUAAG